UAAGCUAGGGCAAAUCACCAACACCAUCUUCACGACUUCAUCUUCUUCGCUGCCUCUGCAACCUAAAAAAAAUUCACGUUGUGGUGCUGCCAGAGCAGAGCAUAUGCGUCUGGAAGAAGUUUAGAGAGCAGCGCAAGGCAAGCCCACAGGGGACUUUCAUCGAGCACCUUGCACACAAAGGGUCGCUCAGAUAACGGCCAAGGGGUCACCGGUGGAGUCCAUGGCUAGAUUUCCGGCAUCCCAAGGGGUCCUGUGACCCCUCUUGUCCCAACGUGCGUCCGCCACUGGUUGUUUUAGUGUUAUAGAAGUUGAGUUUUUCUGGUCUCUAAUGAUUGUCUUCUCUGAAUCGGUCCCUUUACCCCAGUAGAGCAUCAAACCAGACAGAUAUGUAUUGUUUGCUUACUCUCCUUAGGAACAUGGAUCCCCUUUUCUAAUGUUGCUCUUUGAAUGGAAAGUUCUCUCAGGUCUUCUGCUGCAAUGGAUUAAAACAGAAAACCGUCUGACUCGUUGUGGGUAUCAAAACACUCUGUUAUUAAACAGUUUUUUAUCGCUCUGAAGCUCUGAUUUUUAGUGGGAUGAAGAUAGUAGAGGCUAAUUCCGGUGUGCUUACCAAUUUCGACGUGCUCAAAUUUCUAGAAUCUAGAGGGGCUUCUAAAGAUUCGGCACGGGUUUUUUCUAAUGUAACGCCAUCAGAGAAUAAGGUUUAUGGUUAUUUGUUUGGGACUCCUGCUCGUGGUCAAACAAUGGAGAAUAUCAAUGAGUUCAAGGAAAAGUGUAAGAAGUAUGACCUUGCGGAAGCUGAGGUGCUCAAUAUCAUCAACACUAGGCCAUCUAGCAUUGUUGGAAUCUACCCGCUUAUCGAGAAUUGCGACUUGCGUUUAGGAGAUACUGUUGAAGAGCUGGUAGAAUUGGUAGUAGAAGUGUUUCCACCUCAUCCUUCAGCAAAGACUGUUGAAAAUGAUGCAAAAACCACAAAUGUGGAAAAAAUUGAAGACCAGAAUGAUAACGAUGAAGGGAAACCAGAAAAUGAGGAAGAAAUGGAGACAAUCGAUGGGUCUUAGGACUGGCCGUUAAUCUUUUCUUAAAAGUCUUGUGUUCAAAAGCGUUCCAAUACCAAUACCAAUGUUGGAAGACACAUGAAUUUUGGAACUUGUAGGUUUGAGAUCAAGGUUAUCAUGUUCCAUGUGAUUCUUUCCUUUUGUUUUUACGUGUACAAGCGAUAUUGAAGGAGGGAGGUUUCGGUAUUAAGCUCGUAUUUUGUUCUGCA